AUGACGGAGGGUUGCGAGUUCGAGAUCGACGUGGAAAGCGUGGAGGUGGAGGUCGACGAGCAGAGCGAGCGAGCUCAGGAGGACAACCACCGCAACACGCGGGACGAUGGCGGGGACGCCCAGGCUGCCGAGCCGGAGCCUGUGCCUGGGCCGGGGCUCGGAGGCCUGAGUCCGGGCGAGCAGCGCAAAUUAAGCCGCACGCCCAAGUGCGCGCGCUGCCGCAACCACGGCGUGGUGUCCUGCCUCAAGGGCCACAAGCGCUUUUGUCGCUGGAGGGACUGCCAGUGCGCCAACUGCCUGCUGGUGGUGGAGAGGCAGCGGGUCAUGGCCGCGCAGGUGGCGCUACGCAGGCAGCAAGCCACGGAGGACAAAAAAGGACUAUCUGGGAAACAAAUUCCAGCCGAGAGGAGGAACAUUUAUCAGAGACAUGUUCGUCCAUCAACUCUGCUGGCCAAAAGCAUCCUUGAAGGAUUCCGCCCGGUGCCUUCCGACCCCUUCCUGGGUUCCAACCCGUCCCUGCCGCCGCCGCUGAGCGACCGCAUGCGCAAGCGUCGCGCGUUUGCCGACAAGGAGCUGGAGAGCAUCAUGUUGGAGCGUGAGUACAAGGAGCGCGAACUCCUGGAGAGCGGCCCGCUAAAAGUCAACUCCACCUUCCACUCGCUCAUCCAACACUCAAUGGGCGACAAGGUCGGGGCAGCGGGUGAUCUGCGGGGGGCGCCGUAUUGCAAGGAGCUUCUUCAGGAGGCGGCCCGCAAGCUCAGGGAAAGCUCCGAAAGAGACGUGCAGGGCGGCAAAAUGGGUGACAGGUGCGCCAAGGACUUCCUUUCUGAUCCGGGAAGGACCAAGAUGGCUACUGGAGAGUCUCUGUCUUUCUCUGUGGAUGCCAUUUUGAAAAGACCACCCAUGAAUCGGGCAUUCCAUUGA